GCGGGCAGGCUGAGAGGGGCUCCUGAGCCCCAACCCUCAGCGCACACCAUGCUGCCCGGCCUCGCCCUGCUCUUCCUGACCGGGUUGUCUGCCUGCGCCGUGGCGCCAGACAAGGAGCUAGUGCUCAGCGAGGAAGCAAGGCCCUGGAUAACCAUCACCCUGGAGGAAGGCGCCCUCCCCAGCAUCCAGCUUCAGCUGCAGGAGGUGAAGAGGGGCAAAGCGAGACAGUUCUUUGGAUUGAUGGGCAAGCGGGUGAGAGGGCGCCAGGGAGAACAACUGCCACAGGACCUCGUGGGCAGGACAGGACCUUCCGCAGAAGAACUCUCCCCAGGCAGAGAAGAUGAGGAGCAGGGGCCAGAGUGA